CACCAGCAGUUACCAGCUAACGAGAGCGGACUUAAGAUAUAGCGCCGUAGUCUAUACAUUUGUAUUGUGAGGAAGCUGAAUCAAAAUGGAAUUUAUAUUUUUCCACUGCUAAGAAUAAAUACGAGUUCCAAAGCAAUUUGCAGCUAGUUGCCCAUUGAAUGAUUUUGAACGUAGAAAGUUCUGUAAUAAUGACGCUAUAUUUACGACCUCAUAAGGCUAUUCAGUAAUACGCUCUAGUUCACUGUUAUUGUGGGUAAAAGUUUCGGCUCAUUGGCCGUUAUCCGGGGGGCACUUUUUCAUAAUUCCCGACUUUUGGAUACUUGUUGACUCCACAGCUAGAAAAGCCGUCACCGUAUGCAUGCACCCGGCCUUUCGACUGGAUGGUACACGGCUAUGGCUAGAAAUCAUGUAAAACAGAAUACCAGUUAGAAGUAUCAAUCGACCACCGCACAGAAACCGAGUUUACCAGCGCGAGCUGAGUCCGAACGUUACUUAAAAUUAGCAGACGAUGAUGUUACGCUCAUAAUAAACAGCGAAAACACCACUGUGUAACGGAUGGAUUGAACAGUGCCGGCAACGCUUGAGAAGAUAAAACGAGCGAUUGAGCCAUGCGUUGUCCGCGAUAUCAACUUAUCUGGCAUACCGGCCAACAAUAAGAAGGCUCAACAGAUUCACGAACGGUACUUUUUCUGGCUACUUAAAGUGCGUGUUGUCUGUUCAAACAUUGUGAGAUUUAAACGUGUGAAGACGACAUCAGCUCCAUUAGUAAGUGUCAAGGGUACCUGAAGGCCGGAGUACCUCAUCAGUCAGCAUGUCGCUCACGAGAAAGGUGUUCAAUACGGACAAAGCCCCCGAGCCGAUUGGCCCAUAUAGUCAUGCCAUUAAGUCGGGUAAUAUGGUUUAUACGUCUGGGCAAGUGGGAUCCCACCCUGAUACACGGGCGCUUGUCGAUGGAGGCAUCACGCCGGAAACCCGCCAGGCGUUGAAAAACCUCAAAAGAAUUCUGGAGCACGCCGGGUCUAGCAUGGCUGAAGUUGUCAAGUGUACAAUAUUCAUUGCCGACAUGAAGGAGUUCGUUGACAUGAACCGCGUUUACGCCGAAUUUACUGUCUAUUUCAGUUUUUCCAUCGGACCCUCCGGCCCGUUCCUGUGUUCAGGUUGCUCGUUUACCCAUGGAUGCCCGGGUAGAAAUUGAGGCCAUUGCGAUAGCGAGAGACGAUGUGAGGCUUUGACGCGCUUGAUGUACAAAAUAGAAAUGGUCAUAUUUUUGCCAAUACUACAGUAGCAAAUAAUUACGAAGCUUUUUGCUCAACGCAUA